CAAAACAUGAUGUAAUUUAGAACAAACACAGGGUAAACCCCAAGCACCACGUGUGGUUUUGGAAAAUCUGAGUUUUUACGUCAAACACCUUAUAAGGAGUUCCGGUACAGACAGAUGAGCUUAUAUGGUCAGUGACACAGUCUGUGAUGUGUCCUCCUUAUGUGGAAAAAGAGGGCGGAGUAACAGUUUGGUAUGAAACAGUUUGGUAUAAAACCCUGUCCCUCCAAUCUCAUCCCAUCUCUUAACAAGAAACAAGAGGUAAAGACAGUUUAGUACUAAUUUCGAGGUGAAUUGUUUAUGGAAAUAGUCACAUUCAGUACUCUCUGACUGAAGUCAAAUUGUUUUAAUUAGUUGAUCAAGUUUGAAAUAUAUUCUAAUCAAGAACAAGUGUGUUUUGCCAAACAUUUUGUUGCUUUUAGGCUAGUCUAUAACUUUCCACAGGAGAAAAAAUCAAAGCGACAUUUUUUUUUACCUGUUUAUUUUUGGGACCAGAACUAAAUAAUGUGUUCAAACAGCGAGCCUCUGGAGAUAACUGGUAUUGAGUUGGCCCACAUCCUCAGAACUCCCCGGGACCAGUUCGCCUCAGGCGGCUGUGUACUGCUGGACUGUCGGCCUUUCCUUGCCUUCUCCAGGACUCACAUCUCUGAGUCCCGCAAUGUCAACUGGAACUCGAUGCUCCGGCGUCGGUCCAAGAGCUCUGUUGUUUGUUUGGAGUGGUUGGUCGCGGACAAGGACCUCCUUGGUCGGCUGUGCAGGGGGGAUUUCUCUCCAAUGGUGGUGCUUGAUGAGAGUAGCCUUUCUAUGGCCGAACUGAAAGGGGAGAGCUUGGCCAGUAUGCUGCUGAACGCUCUGCAAGCCGAUGUCCAAUCCAGCUCAGCACAGAUCUGCUUUCUAAAAGGUGGCUUUGAGGGGUUCCAUGAAGAAUAUCCAGAAGUCUGUUUCAACUCCCCAGGCCUGCUGGGACACAGCCCUGCAAUGAUUGACCCAGAGCCUAGCGUGACAGGGCGGAAAACACCACUCUAUGAUCAGGAGGGUCCAGUGGAGCUCCUCCCCUUCCUGUUCCUGGGCAGUGCAGUUCAUUCCUCAAGGCGCGAAACUCUCACUGCAGCGGGGAUCACGGCAGUGCUCAACGUGUCCUCCUCCAGCCCCAACCUGUAUGAAGAGGACCUAAAAUACAUGAGACUCACUGUAGAGGACAGCCUGGCUGCAGACAUCGCAGCCCGCUUCCCUGAGGCCAUCGCCUUCAUAGACUCCGUGAAGGAGAGUGGUGGUCGUGUGCUGGUGCACUGCCAGGCCGGCAUCUCUCGCUCGGCCACUAUCUGUCUGGCCUACCUCAUCCACGCACGCCGCGUCCGAUUGGACGAGGCUUUCGACUUCGUGAAGCAGCGACGCCAGGUCAUCUCUCCUAACCUGGCCUUCAUGGGACAGCUGCUGCAGUUUGAGACUGACGUUCUGUGUCACUGACCCCAUCAUUAGCCAUAUAUUUAUAUAUACGCUUUGCCACUAACAAGACUAGCAGAAAUAUAUUUCUGAGGAAGACUCAAGAGAAAUGUACUGUAUAUAUGCACUUCCACUAGGUGGAUUAGUCCAAAAAGUUGGACUAAAGUCCACCUAAUCCACUUGGACAGUGAUGAAAGUUGAUCGAUUUCACACGUUUUUAUGUGUCUCUGCGUGGCCACAGCCUCAUAACUGCUCAGAGAAAUGUUUACCCACUCUGCCACUGGCUGGGCUGUAUCUGAGAGAAACCAACAGAGACAGUACAUGGUGAGAGAAAUGUUUACCCACUCUGCCACUGGCUGGGCUGUAUCUGAGAGAAACCAACAGAGACAGUACAUGGUGAGAGAAAUGUUUACCCACUCUGCCACUGGCUGGGCUGUAUCUGAGAGAAACCAACAGAGACAGUACAUGGUGAGAGAAAUGUUUACCCACUCUGCCACUGGCUGGGCUGUAUCUGAGAGAAACCAACAGAGACAGUACAUGGUGAGAGAAAUGUAUACCCACUCUGCCACUGGCUGGGCUGUAUCUGAGAGAAACCAACAGAGACAGUACAUGGUGAGAGAAAUGUAUACCCACUCUGCCACUGGCUGGGCUGUAUCUGAGAGAAACCAACAGAGACAGUACAUGGUGAGAGAAAUGUAUAUCUGCUGAACUGCUGGCAGGAGAUUUAUAUAUGUGUUUGCCUUUUUGGACAUUUUGCAAGGGCUGACAUAAAGGCCUAUACUGUGUGAUAAACCCCAGCAAGCUGUUGGGUACCAGAGUAAUAACUACUGUCUGUAAAGCUAAAUGUGAAUGAUUUGUAUCUUGAUCAGGUGAUUUAAUGUAUUAAGGGCAAUACAUCAAUACAAUCAAUUUCCUAACACCAGUGCAAAUCUGAAACAAGCUCAUCCUUAUCAAAUCAUAGGUAUUGGCUGUAGCUUGUAGGUCUGCUCUGGGUAAAGGGAAGAAGCCAUCUCAAUCCUUAUGGUGUUUUUAUAUAUAUUUUUAUUUUAUUAUGGUUUUGACAGUUGUGAUUUACACUGUCGGUUACUGCACUUUAUUUGCCAAUGUGGAGGCAGAUUCCUGCUGUUUUUCACAUAGAUGAAAUACUUUAUAAACUGGAAAACACAUGUAUGUUUAUAUAAUGAUGCCCUGUAUACAUACAGUGCCUUAAAGUAUUCACACCCCUUGACUUUUUCUACAUUUUGUGGAGUUACAACCUGAAUAUAAAGUGGAUUACAUUGAGAUUUUGUGUCACUGGCAUACACACUGUAGGGGCCAAAUAUGUCAUAUUGUAUAUCGGCAUGUUUCCAAUUCAAUGCAUUUUUGUUGUAUGUGUGUUUGCCGUUAAUCCCCUGUCAAGUGUGUGUGUACCCCCUCUACAGGCCAAUGGAGAAUACAGUUAGAAGGCAUACAUGCUCCAAGGCCAACUGGGAGUGACUGGAAUGGCUGCACACAGUCUUUUGACCAUGUCAGAACAUGUUUAUCAUGCUGUUUGUUCCUUUAGUUUAAUGAUCAGAAUUAGUUUUGGUAGAAUUCAAUGCAUUUUUGUAUCCAGAACAACGACAAAUAAAUGUAUUUUUUAACUUGAA